AUGCGGCAAGAAAUUGCUCCAUGGGGCGGGCUAGCUGUUGAACAAUUUUUGAUCAGAAAUUGGGAUCCAGCCUCAUCAGAAUCACCCACUGAGCAACGCGUUCGGCUUAUUUACGGAUUCCUUGACUUGGACGAGAUCCCCGAUGAAUUGAAUAUGGAAUUACAUGAAAUCUCGCCGUCUCGACAGCCAACCUCAGAAGAAAUAGAGAAAAUUCUUCGGCUUUGGAGACCCGAUAACCUUCGUUGGAAGGCUCAGUGGAUGCAUCAUGGCGAUAGCAUACCUGUCCUUCUCCGAACCCACUACAGCUCCGACCGAGAAGACGACGAGACACUAAAAGCAUGGACAGAUGAAGAGACGUUCGAAGACGCCUCAGACUGGGCAUGCCUCAACGACAAGAAUAUCUUCAAUUUCGGCGAUGACUGGCGGCGGAUAUUCGAGAUCCUACCCGAGGUUGCUGGCCCAGUGCCACCAAGUGAGCAACGGUAUACAUCUCCCGAUAGUUUACAGUUGUUUCGCAAGAAGUUUAAGGAGAAUAUCUCUAGCGUGAAGCAGAAUUUCCCAGAUGAUUGGAAAGAAAAAGAAAGCCGGGAUAAGAUUAUUGAGGAUCACGGGAGUAGCCUACAUAGGAUCGUUACCGAGGUCUAUCUUCUCAUCGCGGAUAAGGAAGCCUUCCAAACUAAGCAACUUCGGCUGCUCUAUUUGGAUGGUAAACGCAAUAUCGUCCGAGAGGCUCGUGUCGACCCCAAUAUUUGGCAGAUGUACGACAUUAUCAUGCAGCAUUAUACGAACCCCCUUGAUCCUUAUGAGUUUUCCACUGUUGGCGAAAAGUAUCGGGUCGAUGGGGAAUUGGGAAAGGACUUGUAUCAGUUGUCUGAGGAAGACCUUGGACCACAUGGAGGGGUGGCUAGCUAA